UCUAUCUUCAUUCUUCUUCAUUACUAAAUUCUACUACUAGUCUACUACUAGAUUUAGAUCUAGUACUAGACUGCAUAGAAUAAUUCUAACGUAACGACAUAAAUAUGAUUCCAAGAACGAGUAUUGAUGAGGCGAAUAAACAUCUAAAGCAGCUACAUCACCGUGUUUUUGAUCUAGAAAAAACCGUCCACGAACAAAACGACACGUUGCAGUCCAAGGACAGGGCUUUCCAAAAUAAAAUAUCUGAGUUGACUAUAACAAAAGAUAAAGAAAUAGAAAUUUUAGUAAAUAAACUUUUAGCAUCUGAACGUACUGUUUCUAUUCUUCAAGAGGAGUUGGAGCGAAAGAAUCAUCAAAUAUCAGCACUUCAACAUAGCCAUUCAAAGCUUCGAAGACUACUCAAUUUUAAAGAUGAUAUUCAAGAUUUACUUAAAACGAUGGAGGAUGCUGAAGAAAAUUUGGCUCUUGAUGAAGGCGACACAGAUGGACUACUAUCAUUUUAUCAACGUAGUAAUGAUGUUUCUAGUAACUUAAGUGGAAAAAAAUUACGUAAAAAGAGAUUUAUUAGAAAUGAAAACCAUUCAGCAGCUGUUGAAAAUUUUGAGCAAAGUGACAUAGAAGAUGCCCCUGUUUUGGGUGGCAAGGAGUUUUAUUUGUAACUAAAAUCUUUUUAAAAAUUUAACAAUCUUUCUUGGACAGCUGAAUCUAGAUCUACAGUAUUUUUUUUUAAGUAUGCUGUGUCAUGGUUUAUUAAUAAUAUCAUCAUGUUGCGAUUGAUGUUUUGCAAACUGUAAAAAUUUAACAUUAGUUUUUCUAAAGCAAUGUAGUCGGUAGUUUUAAUUACUAAUUAGUUUUUACACUCUAACAUGUAAGUUAUUUUAAGCAUGAACCACCAUAUUGUCAGAAUAUUAUGCAGUGGGUUGUAACCCACUAGUUUCCUAUGUGCAUACACCAAACCCUUCUUAAUUGUUCUUUCUAUUGUCCGCACUGACUAAAUCUGAUUGUGAAUCACAUUAAUUAGGUCUUGUCCUCCGCCGAAUCACUGAGACCGACUCACUGUACCCCUGAGGUUCAAUCAAACCUGUUUUGAGAAUCACUUGUUAUAUAUUGUGUAGGUCUAGUAUUUAAAAAAAAAUGAGCAGGCAACAAAUUAAAAUGCCUUCAGUGUUAAAAAUAUGUUAGUAGCUAUCUUUGAAAAAUUAAAAAGCAUUAAAAUCCAACAAACUUAAAACUAAUGUGAGUUGCUGACUGAUAGAAAUAUAUUUAAUGUAUUGGUUGCAUUAAAAUUAAUUUAAGAUAAUUGCAAAAAAUAGUAAAGUUUAUUAAGAGAUUUACAUUAAAAUUUAUACAUAUAAUCAUUAGCCUAAUUUAUAAAGGCCUAAAGAAAAAGCUUCUCACAAUGUAAUUUUAUUGAAUAUUUCACUUUUUGGCUCUAAAAGCAAUAUGGUAAAAGAUUAAUUGUAUGCACAUCUGAAAAUGUGUUAUUUAUUUUGAAAGGAAGAUUGAUUAUUUGCAAAGCACACAUUUGUACUAAAAGAAAUGAUUUUUUCAUUACUAAAUGUCAGCUUUCAUUUGUAAUGUUAUUUAUUUCUAUUUCUGAUUGUAAAAAUUGUUGUGAUAAAACAUGGAUGUGCAAUGUAUUUGAAUGUGAUACUUCCACUUCUAGUCAUUUAAAAUUUUUUUUUACUAUAAAUAUAAUUUAUUUGUGUUCAAUUUUUAAUCAGAAUUUUUAAACAUUCAUAUUGUCUUGACCCACUGAAAAUUCCAACACAAUUUAUUCAAUCACAUUUUUUUAUAGGCUUAAAUAUUUAUUGCCCUUAAUGUAUUAAUAUUUAUGAUAUUCAAUAAUUGAAUUACUCCAAAUACAGCAGUAUUGCUCUUAGGGUUAAAAAUAGGGCUAUGGUUAUGAAUAGGUUAGGGAUAAUUACAAUAAUAUAACACUGAAUGCAUCUAGCUGACGUUUCAGUUUGUACCAAUUUUUGCUUAUUGCUAUUUUUAUGGCAGUAAUAAAUAGUAUCAAUGUCUUUCCACUAGAUGAUUUUUAUUAAGUACAUUGUAGAAAAUGUUAUAAUUAUACUAAUAGUUAAACAAAUGUGUAUUUUAAAAGCUUUAUUGAUUUAUUGAAUUACUGCCAUAGCUACCCUUUCUGAAGCACUAAAAUGAUCUCCCUACCUCCACAACUAACGUUAUUUAUCACAAAACUAUUUCAUACUUUUUGUCCAAAAUAUAGGGUAAAUCCUCUACUAAUAAUAACAUAGUUCCCAUUACCUGAGUGCGUGAGGACGCUACUAUUAAUUUUAUUUUCAUCAUUUUUGCUAUAUUAUUAUACUUGGAUACUGUUUUUUUACUUAUGAUAGUAAUAAUAAUAUGGUAUUCAUUUGGGACAGGUUGUGUUAUAAGUAUUUAUCUUUCAAGGUGCCAUUUGUAUUUGACUGUUUGAUUUACACUCCGAUCUCUGUGUUCCUUAUUUAUUCCUCCAGGGUCAUUCCAUUUUUUCCUUAAGUUUUCACAUGGUAAAAUUUUUUUUAAAGUAGGUAAUUUUUCUUUUUCAAUAUUUUAAAACUAUCCAACAUUAACAAUUGUGAAGAAUUGCUGCUUUUAAUAAUUUAAUAACACAAAAUACAUUCUUUAAAAUUAAAAAUAUGCAGUAUUAUCAUAAGUUGAUGUGAUGCAGUGUUCAAUGUUUUUAAAAAUCUAUAUUUCUUUAUCUUUGUAUGUUUAUUAUUUUAAUUAUUUAAUGAUAUUAAUUCUAGUUAUUACUGAAAUAUGUAGUAGAAUUAUAAUUAAAAUAAUAAUUAGUAAAAUGCUGUUUUUGCUUUUAAAAUCUGUGCAAUUUUUACAUCUUUAAUUAUAUGUUAAUAUUGUGUUUAUUUAAAGCGCAAUAUUUGCUCAUGCUCAUCCAAUGAAUUUUUACUUUUCCAGUAUAAUUGUUACUCAGAUUUUUAACUCAACUAGGGUACAUUCAUUACUGUUGAACUAUUUUACUAUUUUAUUGUUUCUUUUGAAAUAUUAAA